GCGUGGUGCAAGGGCGCACCAAGGCACCAACGCCAUGGCUGCUACUCCUACGGCAACCCACGCUACUUCGCUCUUCUUCCCUCCCGCUCCGACCAUGGCGCCGGCCCCUCGGAAGCCAUUGCCGUUGCUCCUCCUCUCCUUCUCCUUCCCCGUCCUCCUCCUACUCUUCUCCCUCGUCUUCCUCCUCUCGCACACCACCUUCAGCCUCCUCCUCUGCCCUCUCCUCCCGCAGUCACCUUCGAGGUCAGCAAAUGCCACGACGACCAGUGCUUCUGUCGCCGCCGCCGCUAGCCUUGACGUCUCCAUGGACAGGACCAUGCUCGAGUUCCACGUCACGGCGUCGCCACCGCCGCCGGCGCCUCUUGCUCCUACUAGACCGGCUAAGAGUAAGAAGAACAGCAAGAAAGCCUCCACGAAGCGAAACAAGGGCCUCUUCAAGCGCCUCAUCAGGCAAGCUCCCCGGACGCGGCAGUUCGCGGCGCGCACGGCCGAGCUCUUCGCGCCGCCGUCGCCGCAGCGGCCGUGCGCGCACCGCUUCUUCAUGACGUGGCUGUCCCCGCUCGAGCAGUUCGGAAGCCGCGAGGCCCUCGUCCUGGAGACCCUCUUCCGGUGGCAUCGCGACGCCUGCCUCCUCAUCGCCUCCGACACCAUGGACUCCCCGGGCGGUGGCGACAGGCUCCGGCCGUUCCUCGACCGCGGCUUCCGCGUCCGCGCCGCGUCGCCGGACUUGGCGCACCUCCUGCGCGGCACGCCGGCGGAGCCGUGGCUCGGCGCGGUGCGGCGCGGGGAGGUCAGCCCGGGGAGCGUACCGCUCGGGCAGAACCUCUCCAACCUCCUCCGCCUCGCGCUGCUCUACAAGUACGGCGGCGUCUACCUCGACGCCGACGUCGUCGUCCUCAGGCCCUUGUCGGGCCUCCGCAACGCCAUCGGGGCGCAGGCCGUGGACGCGGCCACCGGCGACUGGAUGCGACUGAACAACGCCGUGAUGGCGUUCGACCGGGGCCACCCGCUGCUGCGCGAGUUCAUCGCCGAGUUCGCCGCCACGUUCGACGGCAGCAAGUGGGGGCACAACGGGCCCUACCUGGUGUCGAGGGUGACGCGCCGGAUGCCGGAGCUGGACGUCACGGUGCUGCCGCCGCGGGCGUUCUACCCCGUGGACUGGAACAAGAUCGGCGGGCUGUUCAUGGAGCCCAAGGACAGGAAGGAGGAGAAGUGGGUGCAGGCCAAGGUGGACAACAUCAGAGGCGGGAGCUUCGGCAUCCAUCUGUGGAACAGGGAGAGCAGAGGGAUCGAAAUGGAGGAGGGGAGUGUCAUCCGAAGGUUGAUUUCGGACGGCUGCUUGUUCUGCAAUUCUUCCGUGGCUGCAUGACAGGAGAGUCUUAGAACUGCAUGCAGAAGGAGAGAUGAGAGAUCGGCUUCGGCUGGGGUGUGUCGUGUUUGGGUUGGCAAAUUGUACAUCUUACUUACAGGCAAGAAAUAACAUAUAU